GCGCGCGGUGACCGCAGGAGACGCCGGUGAGUCACGUGAGGCGCGACCGUUACUGGCUACCUGCGCGAGCUGCUUCAAUCCCCCCCUCACGCGCACCCACGGCAGACGGUGACCGCCCCCCGCUUCGUUGGCGUCGCUCGCUCGCCCGCCCGCCCGCCGGCACAGCUUCAGCAAUGGGCGAAGACGACAAGGUAAUCUGCAACGAUGACUCGCCGGUCAAAUACUUAACGCUGGAAGACGUGAAGUGUCACAAUUCCUGCACGUCCACAUGGCUCGUGAUUCACGACAAAGUCUACGAUGUCACCAAAUUUCUGGACGAGCAUCCGGGUGGCGAAGAAGUACUCUUUGAGCAAGCAGGAGGUGACGCUACUGAAAGUUUUGAGGAUGUGGGCCAUUCAUCUGAUGCCAGAGAGAUGCUGACACAGUAUUGUAUAGCAGAACUUGAUCCGGCUGAUCGAAAAAAAGAAAAUUCCAAGGAUGUUUUAAUCACCACAUCAUCAAGCCAUUCCAGUUGGUGGACAAAUUGGCUGAUCCCUGCCUUAGCAGCUGCUGUUGUUGGCCUCAUGUAUCGCUUCUACUUAGUGGAGACCAAAACCUCAUCCUGAAGCAUUUAGUUUGGGGGGAGGGUCUUGAUGGGGUGUGCCUACUCGUUCAUAUUUCGUUGUUCCUCUUUGUCUUCAAAUAAUGUUUAUA